GCUCCACCAAAACUUUUUGAUUUGUUCAAGUCCAGCUGAGCAUUUUGAUUUUUGGUCAGUUCCCUAAUUCACCUGCAUCCUGUCUGUGGUGACCAAAAAUUUAACAAUGGAUUCAAGCAAAAGCCCUGAGGUAAAAGGCAACAUGGGCUCAGUUUGGAAGCGGCUGCAGCGAGUCAACAAACGCGCCGCAAAAUUCCAGUUCACUGUGUCCUACCAUCAAAUCACUCUUGACACUUCACCUAAAUGGAAACCCAACAAACUGAGCAUAGCGUUCACAAGGAGAAGUCGGAGGGUGCUCACUAGUGCACUUCCCUGGGAGCCAACAAUGAAGGACCCUCUGCGAGGUCUGGUCAUCUGGGCUGUCCCUGAAAACCAGACUGUGUCCAUCACGCUAUUCAAGGAUCCCAGGACUCAUGAACUGGAGGAUAAAGACUGGACCUUUGUCCUGGAAGACGUGAGCCCGAACGGAAAGCGGAGACAAUUGGCUGCUUUGGCGGUGAACAUGAAGCAGUACGCUAAUUUCGCAGCCUCGCAGGAAGAGUUGAAGCUGACAUUGAAGCCCACCAGCAAGAAAAUCACGGCGGCCACCUUGGAGUGCACCAUCUGCAGUUUCCUGUUGCGUGAAGGAAAGGCAACGGAUGAGGACAUGCAGAGCAUGGCUAGUUUAAUGAGUACCAACAACACCAUGGACGUAGCUGUCAUGAAGGAUUUUGAUGAGGAGGAAGAGGAUGAAGAGCUAAACAGCAGUCGUGCCAAGGAGCUGGGAAGUUUGACAUCCCAAAUUGAUCAGCUGACUAACAGCAUCAGUGAGAAUGAGUGGGGCAGUUCGAACUCGACCCCAGUGCCGAGUAUUCCGUGUUCACCCAGAGAUGAAAUGCCACCCAAACCCAUAGAGCAAACAGAUUCUGCGAACAGCAGUGCGCAGGAAAUUAGAUUGAAGUUGAAGCCAUUGGAGUUAGACAGUGACACAAUAAGUGUUACGCCACUGUCAAGAUCCAUCCGGGAAACAACUCCAGGGCAGGACCUUUUGGAGUGGUGCAAGGAUGUGACCAGGAAUUAUACAGGCGUGAAAGUGACUAACCUCACCACUUCGUGGCGCAACGGAAUGGCCUUCUGCGCCCUCAUCCACUACCACCGGCCUGACCUGAUUGCAAUUGAAUCACUCGUUCCACACGAUAUUCGUGGCAACUGCAAAAUUGCCUUUGACGCUGGUGAAAAGCUGGGAAUCCCUCGCGUGAUAGAGCCUGCGGACAUGGCUGUACUUGCUGUACCGGACAAAUUAGCUGUCAUGACUUAUUUGUAUCAGCUCAGAGCGCACUUUACAGGUCAUGAAUUGGAAGUCCAGCAAAUCGGCAAAACCAUUGAUGAAUCGUCAUACAUGAUUGGAAGAUUUAACACGGACACCAACGCUGAAGUGUCGGCACAACUGUUUGGUGCUGAAAUUAGAAACCUCCAGCAGAGAGAGUCUGAAGAGCGGAACAAAGAGAGAGCGUCAUCACCUCCACUUGGGGCGGUGCGUGAAGUCAAAGAUAAACUGUUGGCUAGCUCCAAAAGCAUAUUAGGCAAAGUGCUGUCUCCAUCAAAAGAAAAAUCCCUUCUUAAAAGCGAAAGAGCAAAAUCGCCCACCACGCCAUCCCCACCGCCCCAGCCCCUGAUGACUAGGCGUCAGCUAACCGAUCCUUUUGGUUCGUUCGAGGAGGACGAAGAUCAAAAACAACAUGCUUCUGAUGCCAGAGAAACAUCUCUUAAAGCCACAUCUCCAGUUGAAAGUGAUAAUUUUAUAAUUGAAGUGACCAACCCUCCAGAAGAUGAUCCUUCCUCGCCAACUAGCGCAAAUAAUUCCCAACAGCAAAUUUUAAAGCGACACGAGGAGUUGAAAGAACGCGCUAGACAGUUGCUGGAGCAAGCUCGCAAAGACGCAGUACGUGGAGGAGCCCCUCUGCCGCCAUUAUCACUUACCAUCUCAAAACACUCAUCAAAGCAGAACGAAAAGAGACAGCAACAGCUUAAAGAGAAGGCGAGAAUGCUGAUCGAAGAAGCGCGCAAAGGGGUGGUGACCUCGCCUGAGGCGGCCACCCCGACCAGUCCAGAGGACGUGAGUCCUGCCAAAGAAAUCAAGUCUCCCACAAGUCCUGUCAGCCAGUGGAGUGGCUAUGAAAACUCCCCAAUGAGUGAAGCAAACAUCAGGAGACCUCCAACGCUUCAGUCAUUCUCAUCUCUAAUCGAACGCAUCUCGCCAGAUAAGGAGCAAGAACCAAAAUCAAAAGACCCUGGAAAUUAUACUUUGAAUGAGCUUGAAAUUUUGGAGCGGGAACAAAACCAGAUCGACCAAAAAGCAGCAUCUUUAGAAAAAGACCUGCGAAAAGUGAUGGACACGGGUAACCAAAGAGAGAAGGAAGAAGAACUGAUGGCACAGUGGUUCCUUUUGGUGAACAAGAAGAAUGCUCUUCUUCGACGCCAGAUGCAGUUGAAUAUUUUAGAAAAAGAGGAUGACCUUAAAAGGAGAUGCGAGCUGUUGAACAGAGAACUCAGAAGCAUUCUCUCCAUUGAAGAUUGGCGGAAAACUGAGGAGCAGAAACUGCGUGAGACGCUGCUUUUGCAAGAGCUGGUCAGCCUUAUGGACAAGAGGGAUGAGCUCGUUCACCAUCUUGAUUCUCAGGAGAGAGCGAUUGAAGAUGAUGACCGAAUAGAAGAGGACCUGACUAGGGCUACCAUCAGAGAGCACAGCAACCGAAAUUGUGUUAUUCAGUAGUUGUUUAGUCAGCUCAUUGCUAGUGAUAAACGUUCAAUAUAUCUUUUUUAUUGCGAUCAUUUGAAAAGGGGAAUGAUGCUUGUGAGUUCAGUCAGAGAUUAUUUCAUAUUUGCAUACGACUUCCAUUGCAUCGACCGGAUAGUGAGGUUUGCAUCGUUCAAGUUCAGUUUGAACUUCUUUUAUGCCAUUAUGCUGCAGAGAUUUUGGUUUUAUUUGAAGUAUGGUUAGUGUCUUGCCAUUUCAGCUUUAAUUCUUUAUUAUAUUAUACUUAUGUUGCAUUUCGCGGAUUGUAAAUUUUGCGCACCUUUGUGAAUUCGGUUUAAAUGAACUCUUGGUUGCCAAAGAAAGGUGCCAGCUACUGUUAGUUUUAGAACAUAUUAAAUUAUUUAUCAUGAAAUCUCUUCGACAAUCUGUGAUUUGCUUGUAUCACAAUUAAAAAAAUGUGUCGUGCAAUAUGAAUUACUAAUUCAUUUACAAUAAGUUACUCGAAUUACGUUUAACGCUUCAAGUCUGUGCCCAAGAGCUCUGUCAAUAAUUUUUACUGUCAAAUAAACUUGCCUUUUUGUCAACAAUUUGUUCACAAAACUGAGCUUUAAAUUAUUA